AUCAACUUUUUUUUUUUCUUACUUUGACCUUUCUCUUUUUUUCUAUUUAUUGACUACACACUUAUUUAAUAUAUAAACCGUCAUGGCCACUCCACAGAAACGAAAGGCUCAAAAAAGCGGGAGCAAAAACACUCGACGGACAGCAGAUAAACGUAAAAAAUACAAUAUUCAGGGCAAUGCAAUCAUUAAACAUAACUGGGACAAGAAACAAACUUUGAUCCAAAAUUAUAAACGAUUGGGCUUAAUGACGUCCUUAAACGGCAAAGCCGGAGGUGUCGAAAAACUGUAUCCUGACGCAAAGCCCGAACAUCCUAGCGAAGACCAAGAGGAAGGAGAAGAACAAGAGGAAAAAGAGUUGACCGAAGAAGAUGUCGCCAGACUCGAAAAAUCACUAAAGCCAGGCGAAGGUAUCAUCCAACGUGACGACGAGGGCAAUGUGAUUCGGGUCAUUGUGGGACGACAAAAGACACACGACGAGAUUUUGGAAGAAGAGCCAGAGCCAGUGGAGGCCAAGACGGAUGUUGUCCGACAGUUGGAAGAGCAGGCACGGAAUGCGCAUAAAAACGUUAAAUAUCAAUCCAUGUACCAGCAACAUUGGGUCGCACGGUUAAUCACCAAGUAUGGUGACGAUUACAGAGCCAUGUUUCGGGAUGAGGAUUUGAAUCAGAAUCAGUUGACGGAAAAUCAGCUCAAGAAGAAGUGCUCACAAUUCUUGAAGCAGAAUCCAGGUUUUGAACGACUCGAGCAGUAAAGAAUAAAAAAAAAUAGUAUACUUUCAUGCAAGCAUGCAAAUUGUUGCUUCUAUUUAAUGAGUAAGCGGGUGAUGUGGUACGAGGGAGGUUGCCUUUGUCAACCGAAUCCAAAGAUCCGCUGCGCUGUAACUGUCAGCUAUCAACAAUAGAACUGUUGUCUGGUUACGAC